AUGAUCGUUACAUCAACUACAACACUUUAUCCCUACCUGACAAUUCCCCCCAAUGGAUCCAAAGUCCGUGGUAUCACUCAGCAUAGACUUAAGCGUGCUUUGCAGAACACUAAUCCUCAUCAACCUCGCAAUUACACUUGGCUUGUAUCUGACUUUGAAAAUCAAAUCCUUUUCCAAAUAUCCAAUUAUACCAUCUGGCCCUGGUUCCCUAUCCUCCACUUUGACUUUGCUGAAAUGGGAACAGGGGCCAACAAAUUCACCAGUAAAUCACUUCAGUCUAAUCAGUGGGACAAACAGGGCUCCUGCACACCUUCACCUAAAGAAGCCACAUGGUGGUACCUGUAUUUUUGCCCCCGACCUACGUCUACAGAACAGCAUUCUUCCUGUGGCACCAUAGUCAAUAAAUAUUGCAAAAGUUGGUCCUGUGUUUCAACUGGCUACAUCUACUGGACAGCUCCUCAGAACGAUGACCUUAUCUCCAUCACACGUCGCUCUGGCAAGCCUUCCGCUCCUUCCUGUGAUAACUUUCAUUGUUGCGGACAACGUAUCAAUCCAAUGAACAUUACCUUUACCAAUACGGGAAAACAGUUGUCCGCUGCUCAAUGGGCCGUUGGCUAUUCUUGGGGGGGCAGGGAGUGGAGUGGUGAGGAUGACGAUGGUAACAUCUUCUCUAUUCGCCUCUCCUUACAGUCCAUGCACUCCCCCCCUGUUGGUCCUAAUACAGAUAUCCAAUCUGCUUUUCUUCAACCUGAUCAACCCUCCAAUCCUGAUCCCUUAAUAGCCCUUGUUAAUGCUUCUUCUCUCCUUUUGAAAGCCACCUUGAAUAAUUCUGCCCAAACUGACACAUGUUGGCUUUGUUUAUCUGCGAACCCCCCUUUUUAUGAAGCUGUUGGUUCCAUCGAACCCAUCUCCAACUCCACAAAUGAUGCCAUGUGUAGAUGGAACACCACCUCCAUCACUAUUACUUCAAUUACUGGCCACGGUUGUUGUCUAGGAAAUAUUCCUAGCAAUUACUCCCAUUAUUGUGCCAAUGCCACUACAGGUAAAUAUGCUUGCCAGCUGUGGCUAACCAAGGAAAGGUCUGGUACUGUUGCCACCGCAGGCUACAAUCAGGUUUUUACAUUAAAUCCCACAGGUAAUAUCUCCCCUAGUCUACAAGGACAAUUUUUUGUUCCUGGCAACAAUUCUAUAUGGGCUUGUUCCACUGGCGCCACCGCAUGCGUCAGUGGUAGCAUCCUUAUUAAUCAGAAGGCCUUUUGUAUCCAGGUUCGACUUGUUCCAAAAAUAACAUAUUAUUCUCCACAGGACUUUAUCUCUUUAAUGGAACCUCCUGAAUAUCAUCUCCGCGCUAAACGUGAAGUUGUUACUGCUAUAACCUUGUCUGUGUUAAUGGGAUUGGGGGUUGCAGGUGUCGCUACUGGAACAACUGCUUUAAUUGUACAUAACCAACAAAUUUCUCGCCUUAGCAAGGAGAUCGAUGAAGAUCUUUCUCGCAUUGAAACCUCCAUUACUGCUUUACAAACAUCUCUUUCAUCCCUUGCUGAAGUUGUUUUACAAAAUAGACGUGCUUUAGAUUUGCUAUUUCUUAAGGAAGGGGGUAUGUGUGUAGCCCUCAAAGAAGAAUGUUGUUUUUAUUCUGAUAAAUCUGGAAUUGUUCAAGAUUCAAUGCAUGAACUACGCAAAAGAUUGAAAGAUAGGGAACAGGAACGUGCGUCCCAACAUUCAUGGUAUCAAAGUAUGUUUAAUUUUUCACCAUGGAUCACAACCUUGUUUUCGGCUAUAGCUGGUCCCUGUAUCAUUUUGUUAUUACUUUGUAUGAUAGGUCCCUGUGUAUUCACUCGUGUCUUGCAAAUUUUGAAAGAUCGGUUAAACGGUCUUGAUUCCAACAUUUCAAAAAUUAAUGUCAUGUUAGCAUCCAGCACAUGGUAUGAGGAAAUCAAAGUUACUGAAACAACACCUGAAAAAAUGGCCCUACUGACUCUAUCAGACCUUGAAUCAUUUGAUACUGAGCACGACUCUGUCACAUAUUAUACAGCCAAAGGGGAUCCUCGGAUACUUAUGAACUUGUAA